UAUCCAUCCACAGCCACUUACUUCACGGGAGCUCUUCAGUCUUCCCCUUCUCUUCCACCAUCCAUCAAAGCCGCUCACUCCACAUUUAGUAUUCAGAUCGGAGCCCUAAUUCAAGUUCCUUCUAGGUUUGUUAUUAACCCUUUCCUUUCCAACAUACCAAAACCUUAACCAGCCUUUAUUUGUUGGUAGAAUCUUGUUUUUCUUGAUAUUCUCGUCGUUUUUAGGUGAAAUUUAUCUCCUCCUUUGGUGGGUUUCUUGCAAAAUUCCCAAAUCUUUCCGUCAAAAACCUGGAGUUGAACCCUCGAUUUCGUAUCUCAACCUGGAGACUUUCCUUGACAUUCAAUCCAAUUCUUGGAGCUAACUCACAGUUUCGGGCUUAAUCAGACCGGCAAUGGCGACUCUAGCCCCUGGAGUGCUUCUUAAGCUUCUUGAAGGAAUGAAAUCCGGGGCUAAACCUACAUCCGAGCAUCGGAGCUCGCUCUUGCAGGUCACGGAUAUCGUCCCCGCCGAUCUCGAUGAGAAGAAUCUAAUGCCGAAGCACGGCUUCUACGUGAAGGUUUCAGAUUCAUCACAUUCAGUCUAUGUCAGUUUACCCUUUGAACAAGAUGAUCUUGUUUUCAGCAACAAAAUACAGCUGGGGCAGUUCAUCUACGUCGAAAAACUGGAGCCCGGUUCGCCUGUUCCGGUCGUGAAAGGCGCGAAGCCGCUUCCCGGGAGGCACCCACUGGUUGGUACGCCGGAGCCAUUGAUGGGUUUGAGAGAAAAGGGGAAGAAGAUUGAGGAAAAAGCCAAUCCGAAGCUCUCUGCAAGCAAGAGAGCCUCUUGGGGAACAGGGCAGAGUGGGGGAGGGGACUCCGCUUCGUCGCCUCUGGCUCUGAAGCCUGUUCCUUUGGACUUUGAUCAGUGUACACCAAUUAAAGAGAGGCCUAGUUCGGGAAAAUUUGGGGGUAUUCUUCCGAUUUCGCCGAUGAUCAGAGGGAAAUUGGCCAAGGAUGGUGGCUCAAGAGGUCUUAUCAGGGCUUCAGUGGGUGGUGCCCUGUUGUCUAAAAUGGUGGAUUCAAAGGGAGACAGCCCUGCAUUGAUGAGGAAAAGCUGUAUCACCCCUUCCAUGUCGAAGCUGCCUCGGAGCAAGAGCGUCUGCGACCGCGAGCCCAGGAUCCCGAGGACUCCCUUCAACUCAUCUGAGAAGAAGAGUUCCACUCCACCACCUUGUUUGCGCAGCGCAAGAGCCGCAGCUUCUCCCAAAAUGGAGUCUUCCUGCACAAAGGUCACUCCACAAUCAGAGUCUCAAUCUGGUGGUAACUCAGCCUCCAGUGAUAAUAGCACUAGCCUGGCCAUGAAUUUACCUGGAAAAUUAAGCAUUCUAGGCAAGGAAGCUGUGCAGCAGAGGGAAACAGCACAAAAGAUUGCCCUUCAAGCACUAAGAGAUGCUUCUGCCACUGAAUCUCUAGUUCGAUGUCUCAAGAUUUUUUCCAACUUGAGCAAGUCUGCCCGAGCAACCGAUCCAGCUACUUGUUUCGAUCAGUUUCUCGAGUUCCACUGCCAAAUUGCCCAAGCAGUGACGGAGAUAGCGUCCAUUCAAGCAGCGACGGCUGCCAGUGAAAUGGCUCAAGCCCCAAAUAUAAAGCAACCUGAAGAAGAAGCCUCAAUCUUGCAUGAAAUUGCCCCCAAUUCCAUGGACUCAUCAAACACAUCCAAAAGGAGAAAUCCACUCUAUAAAUCGAUUGCAGCCUUCCCCGAACGAAGUGAUCAGAAAACAAUACUGGGCAAGCACUCGAGAGCAUCAACUGAGAAUGAUGAAAACAAAAAAGUUGUCACUUGCAGCAGAACAAGUAACACAAUCAAGUUGGGGAUGCAGAUUCAGACUGAAGCAGGGAACUGGUUUAUGGAGUUCCUCGAGAAGGCUCUGGAUAGAGGGCUGAAGAAAUUGACGGGGACCGGGGAUGGUAACACGCAGAAAGUUCCACAGUCACUGAUACUGAAAGUUAUAAACUGGGUGGAGGUGGAACAGAGUGACUCUAGCAAGAGGCCGGUGCAUCCCAGAGCAGGACACAUAGCCAGGAGAUUGAGGAUCAAGAUGAAGAACCCGUAAAUCGGUUCGCGCAGGAUCCAAGCUUACAUUUGAUUUCAAUCACUUGAGCAGCAGGAUUUUUGGCUUUUGGAAUGCUUUUAAUUCUUUGAGAUUUGCAUUUGUUAGAUCAUAUAUGAUUGAUGUAUGAUAUGGCCUCAUAAUAGCAACUAUGAUCCCUUCUCUACUCAUUUCAUAUUCCAGAAUGAAUUGUUAGCUUUCAGAACGG